UUCAGGAUUCGAGCUCCUGGGUCUCAAGUGGUUGCCCCGUCUCACUGGACGUCAGGCCAGAGAAAUAACCCCUUUUGAGGUUGGGGACACUUCCUGGAGAAGGAGCCUUGAUGUUCUGAUGUCAAACCCCGUCCUCGUGUGCGCGUUGCGGCGGGUCGACGCCUUCGGAGCUCUUGCAGACACGUUGAAGAGAUUAGCACAGCACAGGGAGAAGCUAAGCCAAAGUGAAAGUCUUCUACAGACAGUAAUGGCCUUGACCCCAGAGGUGACAUUCAGACAAGCUGCCCUUUUCUUCACAGAGACUGAUUUUGUAACUGACACAGAACAUCGCCCCGCUAUGAAAUACCUGCCCCCACCUGCCAAGAGGCCCCGGGCUGAAGCAGGGCAGAGCCAACGAUGCCACACAGAAUCCCUGUUUUCCUACUUGCAAGCAGGAGCCCAGAUCCUUUGCACGGUGCUGCUGAUCAAACCCGGCGCCUGGAGUCAUAGUUUUGCGAGGAUCCUCCGGAAACUUGACCUAGAAAAAUUCCGUGUGGUUGGGAUGAAACACAUCAACCUGGAAGCAGACGUUGCCUUAGGGCUCCUUUCUUCUGAAGUGAAGCAGGAUCCUGCUGCUUUAGAAGCUCAUUGUUCCUACCUUACCUCAGGCACCGCUCUCGUGCUGUGUCUUCAGAGACCCAAUGCUGUGAAGAAGCUGAUAGAUUUACUGGGGCCAGAGGACCCUAAACUGGCCCAAGCACAAGAUCCCUUCCUCUGGAGGGCCCAGUAUGGCAUCAGCACAGUCCAAAAUGGAUUUUACGGCUCCAAAUCCUAUCAAAUAGCUGUCCGGGAUAUGAAGCUGUUUUUCCCAGAAGGGCUGUGCUGCGCUGAGUGUCAGACAUUAGAGGAGGAAGAGAUCUAUAACUUGCAGCGUGACCCCAUCGUUGGUUUGGAAAUCAACGGGCAGCGCAGGAUCAUAAAACGUGGGCCGGGAGGGCGACGCCGUUCGCUGGGCUCCGAGCAGCCACACAGCCUGGAUCGGCCGUUGGUUGAUACCCUCUGCCAAACCACUUGCCUGGUGCUGCCGGGGAUAAUUCUUCGGGGUUCUGAGCACCCACCUUACGUCGAGCUGCUCGAUGGGCUUAUUGGCAGAGAUUUCACGGUGACCGGAGCGCGCCUGACCGUCCUGGAUGCCCCCCAGGCUCACUGCGUCUCCGAGACACUGAGCAGGGCAAAGUGCAGCGUCGCAGCAAAGUGUUCCCUCCUGAUGGAUGGUCUGUGCCUGGUGCUAGCAGUGCAGCGAGACAAUGCCGUCCUCUGCUUCGGCUCCCUGCUGGACAGUGUCUGUUGGCAGAAGGAGUCGGUCCUGGACGCUGCGCAGCAUCUCCUUUAUCCCCAAAAUGAGAAACAGGCCGAGGAGCUGCUCUGUUGCCUUUUUGACUCCCUGACGUCUGAGAGCGUCCACCGGAUCGAAUCCCAGGAUUGCUAACCAGGACAGCCAAGGCCUCCAUGCAGGCACUGCGGGUAUCUGUGAAAUGGGCACACGGGGGGCGCCCAGCCUCUAAGAGCACUCAUAUUUGUUUGUCAUUAAAACAUAAGAGUCUGAA